CCUUUUUAGUUAGAGAGAGAGAGAGAGAGAGAGAGACGGAGAGUGAGAGUUUUUCUUUAGCGUAGCGUGCGCACACACACUCUCACACACAGUCACAGAUAUGACCAAGACAGCAGCAAUAGCAGCAAAGGACUUCUCCAGUAUGUGGUUGCCAGAUAUCAGGAUGUCAAAGCCAGUAGAGGUGGAGAAAGUAGGGGCUGACUCACCUUUGGAGAGCACAGAUUCAGAGCGGAAUGGACCUGAAGCAAAUCACCAGGCUCAGUCGAUGAAAAUCAAUCCUUUUCCUCUGUCACCAGCCCUGAGCAGCAACAAGAAUAAGAUGGAGGAGUGUGGUGAGAUGUCCCCAGCCCUUCCUCUCUCUCACGGCCCGACCCCCUCACAGACGGCCCUGCAGCAUACGCAGCUCAUGCUGACCGGCUCCCAGCUAGCAGGGUUGACCGCUCUGUUGCCAGCACAGCAGCAGUUGUUACUACAGCAGGCUCAGGCGCAGCUCCUGGCUGCAGCUGUGCAGCAGUCCAGCGCAGCCCACGCCGCUCACGCUGCCCAUGCAGCCGCCCAAGCCAAUCAGCAAGCUCAGGCAGCCGCAGCAGCAAAUCAGCAAGCUCAGCAGCAGCAGCAGCAGCAGCAGCAACAGCAACAGCAACAACAACAGCAGCAGCAGACAGGAAACACAGGGCAGCAGGCCCAGUCGCAGUCCCAGGGACAGGGACAGAGCACACAGGAACAGACAGGCCAAAGUGUUCCUGUCCCAGCUCCUCCUCCCCAGCUCACCCUCUCUCAGCCAAUCCAGCUCACCGCCCAGGACAUCCAACAGUUGCUACAGCUACAGCAGUUGGUGUUGGUGCCGGGCCACCCGCUCCCGUCUCCUGCCCAGUUCCUCCUCCCACAGGCACAGCAGGGCCAGCAAGGACUCCUAUCGACACCAAAUCUUAUUCCGCUACCUCAGCAAAACCAAGGGAGCCUGCUGUCUGCUCCAACUAGAAUGGGACUUCAAGCACAGCGAGAUAAGAGCGUGGAGGUGAGUGGCGGUGGAGGCAUGACCACGGUGCCCUCAGUGACCUCUCACCCUGAAGAACCCAGUGAUCUGGAGGAGCUGGAACAGUUUGCUCGCACUUUCAAACAGAGACGUAUCAAACUGGGAUUCACACAGGGGGAUGUUGGCUUGGCCAUGGGGAAGCUGUAUGGCAACGACUUCAGUCAGACCACGAUCUCCCGCUUCGAAGCCCUCAACCUGAGCUUUAAGAACAUGUGCAAGCUGAAGCCGCUGCUGGAGAAGUGGCUCAAUGACGCAGAGACCAUGUCCAUAGACAGCACCCUGCCCAGCCCCAGCUCCCUGUCCUCACCCUCUCUGGGCUUCGACGGGCUUCCUGGUCGCCGCAGAAAGAAGAGAACCAGCAUCGAGACAAAUGUACGUGUGGCCCUGGAGCGUGCAUUCAUGACGAACCAGAAGCCUACCUCAGAAGAGAUCUUACUGAUCGCCGAGCAGCUCAACAUGGAGAAGGAGGUGAUCCGGGUCUGGUUCUGCAACCGUCGGCAGAAAGAGAAGCGCAUCAAUCCCACCAGUGCCACCCCUCCCCUGCCCAGCCAGCCGCCCGCUGCCCCACCAACGCACAAACCGCCCUGCUACAGCCCUCACAUGAUGUCCAGCUCGCUGUCGCAGGCCGUGACCAGUCUCAGCAGCACAACAGUGACCACCAUGUCCUCCGUCUGCCCCCUGACUUCCAGCCUCACCUCCACCCACCCCUCCCUCAGUUCUGCUCCCUCCCCAGUGACUCCUCCUCCUCCUCCCCGCAGCACAGCCAGCCCAGCCACUCCCAGCCACAGCACACUCAACCUUAACACGGGCUUAUGGCGUAUGGGUAAAAAGAACGGUGACGUGUCUAACUACAUCACCGAUUUUGCUGCAAACUUGAGGAACACUGUGAUGGGAGUUAACACGGGGAUGAGCCAAGCCCUCCUCGGUAACAAUCCCCUGGCCACUAUACAAGCCCUAGCAGCCAGUGGUGGCCAGCUGCCUCUUUCCAGUCUUGAGGGAGGCAGUAAGGUGAUGCUGGGAGCCUCUGGGGGCCAGGGAGGAGGCCUCCCCUCCUCCCUCUUCCUCAACCACCCGGCCCUCCUCCACAUGGGCCCGAACCCCGGCGCUGGACUGAUCAGCGCCGCCGUAGCCAAAGCCUCCCAGCCCUCCCCCUUCCCCUCGGCUAGCAGCAUCAGCCCCACUCCUUGCUCCCCCUCCCCCUGCUCCAGCCCCGCCUCUUCCUGCUCCUCCAGCGAAAUGGCACACAGCCCGCCCUCUCUGGGCGGAGCCAAGAUUGAGUGACCACGCCAAGGGCCAAAUCAGAAAGGAGGAGGAAGGAGGAAACGAGAACCUCGCCUUUCACACCAAAGCUAUCUCUUUCUCUCUCUUGCGCUCUUCUUCCGUUAUUAUUUUUCGCAAUGGCUCUGUCUCUCUCUCUCUUUCUCUCCCAGUCUUUCGAUGCCAAAAAUACACAGAAUGAAAGAGGAGAGAAGGAGGGAAAGAAGCGAAAGAGGGGAGAAGAGGGGGAAAGGGGAAGAUCGAAACCAAAAAUCUUUAUCUAUCCAAACAGAUGGGGAGGAGGCAACGUGGGACCUUUUUGUCAAUAACACGUGAUAUCCACAUGGCGCCUCUCCACUCUUUCUCUCUGAAGGAAAACAAACCAAUGACUCUGUAACAAAGAGGUGGAAGAGACGGCAGAGAUGCAUGUUGGAGUGCAUAAACCAAAAAUGACAAAAGAUAACUUUACUAUGUGACAAAGGAAUGGCGGCAAGGACAAAUAUUGGAGAGGAGGACUGUGCUUACGUUUUUCCUUUUCUUUUUUUGUAUUGUUUUGAAAAGCUGCGGGUCUGAAGGAAGAGGAGUAGGGAGGAUAAGUUUAAACCAAAAAUUUACCUGAGGAGGAGGCGGAGGAGGAAUACACAAUGACAAAAAGAAAAAAAAAAAAACGACAACCAUACCAAAAUCCCAAAUACCAAAAACCAAAAAUACGGAGAGAAAAGCUUUAUUCAAAGGACGUGUAAAUACUGAAGCUAUCCAGGACCAGGACUCUACUGCUACUGCUACUCACACACAUACAAACACACACACGCACACACACACACACACACACACACACACACACACACUCAUCAAGAGCCAAUCCAUUUUGCCAUCGACUCAUCCUGUCUUUGUCCGCUCAUGUGUCUCACAUAUUACAUACAACGUUUUUCAUGCUAGAUAUUUUGGAUAAUUUUGUAAAAGAUUGUUGCUGAACGAGUCAAGAGCUCAUGUAUGAAUGAUUGCCAGUUCUGCUGUAUCCUCAUGUGUUAGGCUCUUUACCUACCUCUGGUUUGAAGAGUAUAGAAUACCUUUCCUCUUUCAUUUUUAUUUCACAUUUUCUUGACAGAGGCUUGUUAUUCAGUAUCCAUUUUUUUAGGAGGUACAGUUGGGAUUUGUUUUUUAAUUAUUUAUUAGUGUCAUUAUACAAUCCAGCUCUUAUUUAUUGUUGCAGCUUUUUUUAGUGUUAGCUUUUGGCAUUUGAAUCAUCGUCGUCAUCCUCAUCAUCAUCAUCGUAUGCAUUCGUCUUGUCAGUGUUUUUUUUUUUUUUUUUUUGUGACUAUUCUGCAGGAACAGAGAUGACGAGAGUGGAAAACAUGCUCGUUUCAGUCCUCACAAAGUGCCACAGAUCUAAAGAUGGAGUUGGCACACCGCGAGUUGAUUUCAAGGUGUGAAUGAAUUUAUUAAACCUGAACAUGUGACAUUUUGUGCUGUGAAUCGGACCACUCUUCCCUCACUCUUAAAGGCAACCCAUUAACGGCGAGUCCGUGGCUAAAUGAACAUGCCCUGGAAACUUCGCACACUGAAAAUGAUGCUUGUUAAGAGUGACGACCAUUUUGAAAGUAUGAAAUAGGGCUGUGAUUGGAGAUUUAAAGUAUUAAGUGUUCAGACUGAAGACUAAAUAAGUCAAUAAAGCCAAGUUUAGUCACAGCUGGCUCUCAUUCCUGCCUCGUCAAUCAGCAUAGAUGCUCCCGACACCUGUCUGUCUAGACAUGUUUACUGAUAUUUGUCUGUUUCCAUCAUCACUUCAUCAGUCACAUUUCACUGUCAUUUUCCACCUCAGACUGCCAUUAAUUCUGAAAUGGAAACCAAAGCAUUCUCAAGGCUGUCUCAGGUUCUUCUCGGAGAGCCUCAGCCAAGACAUAUGAACACAAUAAAGACACAGAAGGGGCAGGGGUCGGGGUGGGGGGGCCUGAGAACAGGACAAUACCACUGCAACCCCCCCUGGUGUAAUCCCCUCCACGUGGCCCGUCCAAAAACCCACGGGGGAAGCUUUAUUUAGGGAACUGAUCCUUUACUCCGAACCCCCGGAACAAAAGGGUACGCGUGGACAGGCGAAGGAGGGACGCACUGUAGUGAGGGGAGCAAAGCGUCACACUUUUUUGUAAGAGGAUACCAAAAAUAAACCCAAACCAAAUGAAAAAAAAAAAAAACACAACCCAAG